GUUGUCUAGAGUACGAGUUGCUAUUUAAUCCGCAUUGAGAACUAAAAUCCUAGAUCCACUCAUCCAGCUAAGCUCUCAGCCAAAGAACAAAGAUGAGAGCAAUUUCUUUGCUUGCUUUUGCACUGUUGGUAUCAGUGGUUCACUCGAAAAGAGAACUACCAAUGUUUCCGGGUGCAAGGAAUACUGGAAGAGUCACAAUCCAGACUCUCGAUUCAACCAAACUGCAGGCUACCUUUUAUCAGAAAGCCAGGUUCAAUUUUGCCUCUGCUGAAACGGUUGAAGAGGGAGUGCAUAUCGAGACUGAAGUAAAUGAAGACAUUGAACGUGUCAAGAUUCAAAAGUUGAAUGGCGAAGUAUUAGUUGCCUACCACCAUCUUCCGAAUCAAAAGGCCACGCUUCUUAACAUUAUGGGUCAAAGGUUUGUCUCCAUCCAAAAUGAACACGAACAUCCCAAAAGAUUGGAAUAUCGUGUUCCUGAGGUUUUUUCGCAAGGAAUUGACCGUAUUUUUAGUCAAGGCAAAUUCGACUCAAAGUAUAUUCCGUUGUUCGAUUCCCAUGGAGCUAAUGCUAGCAGAGUUGCAGCAUUUCAAGAGAUGCUGGUUGGACAGGAGAUACCACUAAUGCGAGCAGCGGUCGCAGCGAUUGGUAACCGGGGAAUAAAUGGCAGGGAUAACCCGCCUGCCCUGCCUCUUAUGGCGAUGAUCAUGCGAUUUUCUUCCCUGAGAGAAGCUCAGUUAGGAAAGGAACAAUGGUUUUCGGGUAUUUUGAAAACAAUUAAUAAAUAUGUAAACCCUUAUAGUUAUGUUGCCAUUGAUCCUGACGAUUGCAAACUAAAAACUGGCGAGAUGAGAUGCUCCACGAACCCAGCCGUCAGUAACGGGGCUUGUUGUAAGAGUCAAGAUUCAUGCCCCACAGGCAAGAACGAUUACUGUAAUGGAAUGUGUGGUUACAGCUGCCACUGCUGGUACCUUGUUUGUGGAGACUGUUGUGUGCAUCAGGGCUGCUUGGGACAUGACGAAUGCUGUAGAAAGAACGGGAUGACAGCUUGGGGUUGCGCAUUCCCUACAAGGUUUAGUUGUGAUGAACCGUACACUUGUUAAUGAACUAUACAUACUUUCUUGCUGCGAAAAACUUAUUAGCUCUAGAGUCUAGUCCAGAAUUGUAGUUUGACUUCUUUGAAUAAUUGUAAUCAGUAAUGACUGUAUAUUAUGGGUGAAAGAAUGAAAAUUGAAGUGCAUGCAUGACUCUGUUAAUGUGUGGAAUGUUAUAAUUUUAACGUGACUAUGACUAUUAUUUUAAUUA